GGUUGCCCGUUACACACCGUAGUUUGUAUCCUACACACUCAGACGGAGUUCAUUUUCGGUUUAAUACAAAAUGUUAUCACAAACUAGGAACUGUUAGUUUAUGUGAGAUAGUGAAAGGCUUAUCUUCUUCGUGUGAUUGCCACAUCGCGUGCAUCUGUUGAUGUACGAGCAGCAUCAUGAGGGUCGUACGUUUAUACAGACGGUAUAGAUUGAGUGUUAAUCGAAAGGUUCGCAAAGACAAAAUCGGCGAAUGGAAACUCAUGCUUCUAUUCGUGCUGUCAUGUAUGAUCAUCACGUUAGUGCUUAUCCUUCAUAAGUAUCAGAACAUCUCCAAUUUCAAAAAAGCAAUCUACUCACGAUACAUCGACAGUGAUGCGUUCUUCGAUGGAAUUCCGAGAAAUGUUGAGAGGGUUCGAAUAGAUUGGCAUGAUUAUCCAUACAUUGCACACGAACAAGAAAGGAAAGGCCCCGGAGAACAUGGAAAACCAUUCAAAUUGACGUUAGCAGACGAUGUUAAAAUAAAUGAAAAGCUCUACAAGCAGAAUGGAUAUUCAGCAAUAGUCAGCGACAUGAUCGCUCUGAAUCGUUCUGUGCCUGAUAUCCGACAUCCAUUGUGUCGUAAAAAGCACUACCUUCAGGAACUACCAAGUGUUAGUGUCAUUAUCAUUUUCUACAACGAACAUUGGAGCACCUUGCUACGAACGAUUUACAGUGUGUUGAACAGGUCACCUCCGCACAUACUCAAAGAAAUCAUUUUGGUUAAUGAUCACAGCACGAAAAAGUUUUUAUGGGGUCCACUCCAAGACUUCGUUCAAUCUGAAUUGGGUCCAAAAGUAAAACUCAUCAAUCUGCCAGAACGCUCAGGCUUGAUCAUUGCUAGAUUGGCGGGAGCGAAAGCUGCCAAAGGAGACGUAUUAAUCGUGCUUGAUUCACAUACAGAAGUAAAUGUAAACUGGCUUCCGCCACUGAUAGAGCCCAUCGCCGAGAACUAUCGCACAUGCGUUUGUCCGUUCAUAGAUGUAAUAGAUCACGGUACAUUCCAAUACCGUUCACAGGACGAAGGCAAACGAGGUGCUUUCGAUUGGAAGUUCUAUUACAAACGCCUUCCCUUACGACCGGAAGACACUAAAGAUCCGACAGAGCCCUUCGAGAGUCCCAUUAUGGCGGGCGGACUAUUCGCGAUCAGUGCCAAGUUCUUUUGGGAACUGGGAGGAUACGAUGAAGGACUCGAUAUUUGGGGCGGUGAACAGUACGAACUAAGCUUCAAAAUCUGGCAGUGCGGGGGUAGAAUGGUAGACGCUCCAUGUUCCCGUGUUGGUCAUGUGUACCGAGGAUUUUCUCCAUUUCCAAAUCCACGUGGCGUUAACUUCGUUACCAGAAACUUCAAACGUGUCGCCGAAGUAUGGAUGGACGAGUACAAGCAAUAUCUGUACGAACGGAAUCCUCAGUUUGACAAAACAGACGCUGGCGAUCUUACCGCACAGAAAGCUUUACGGGAGAAACUCAAGUGCAAGUCAUUCAAAUGGUUUUUGGAAGAUGUUGCACCUGAUCUGAUUGUCAGAUACCCUAUUAGAGAUCCUCUGCCGUUCGCAUCAGGGAGAGUUCAAAAUUUGGCAAACACCCAGUACUGUCUGGAUACUUUAAAUCACAAGGUUAAAGAACCUGUCGGAGUAUUUGGUUGUGCAAAAAAUAGUACUCAUCCCCAGCAUAACCAAUUCUUCACACUGACGCAUCAGAGAGACAUCCGGGCAGCUAGUGUAGACAAGUGCUUGGAUGCUUCUAGUGAUGAUACAGAUGUCAUUUUAUUCAAUUGUCAUGAGUCCCAGGGAAAUCAAUUAUGGCGAUAUGAUUUGGAUACCAAAGCAAUAGUUCAUGGGAAACCUAGUCGAAAUCAGUGUCUGGACCUCGUUGGUAGACGAGUGGUGGUGUCAAAAUGUGACCAUCGGAAGAAAACUCAACGAUGGGAAUGGGGAUUUGUAAAUAUGACUAGCUUGACAAAUUGGGAAAUUCAUGGAGCCAAAUUGCUCCCUUGAAAACUUACCCAAUAUGCUCUGUAAAUAAACUUAGUUCCUAAAAUUAUAAACUUCAACUAGGGUUAUAACUGAUAUAACAUAAAUAAAUAUAAUUGCAUUUCACCUUCUAAAGAAAUUGGAAUAUCUGUAUUCAUCGCCAAUGGACCAACUCAAUCACAAUGCUGCAAAUCUUCCAAUCAAAUUCCACCAAUCAUCUCAUAAAUUUUAAAGAAUAUCUCUCUCUCUCUCUCUCCAAGAAAUUAAAAUAAAAAUUGUAGUAAGAGGAUGUUCGUGCCUUUAGGGCAAUUUUUGUUAUUAGUUGGUCCUGGCCCGAUCCCCUAAUUUGCAACGACCACCAAGCAUCUAAGAUAUUUAUUUUUUGGCGACUUCGACAUUGAAAGUAAUAAUGUAAUCCUUUAGUUAAGCAGAUAUACAAAGGCGCGCACAUACAUGCAUUUGCAUUAACCUCUAACAGAUGCACACAUAUGCAAACAAAGGCUUAUGAAAUACAUUAAUUAACACAUUUUGGAGUGGAGUGAGCGUCUAACAGCACAAUCAGAUCCGUUCCACCGUUAGUACGCAUCGCACUGUGAGCCGGUAAACGGUAUUCCAUGUACUAAAGAUAAAAUGCACAAAAGAUACAAUAAGCAAUUAAAAUAGCCUAGUUCUGUAAUUUUUCGCCACUUAAAGAACAACUUAUUUCCCAUAGAGGCCAAAUAUUUCUGUUUCCUUUUUUGAAGCAGUUCAUGAUUCCCUUCCCCUAUGUCUAAAAGCUUCUAUACAACCGAAGAUUCGUUCUAAAAUACAGGCUCCCAUUCCUAAAAUAACUCGUUAUAAUAAAUCUAGACAAACACAUGUGCAAAGUUUCGCCAGAAAUGAAGAUGUUCAAAUCUGAUCGAUGCUUUAUUUUUCAUAUAGCUGCUCUACUGCCACACGGUUCUAUCAGAUUAGUUUUUUUUCCAAGACAUGAUUACGUCAAUUAAAACGAUCUCCCCAGCCUGGUGCUUCAUAAAUUUU